UGUGUGCGGUGUGUGUGUGCGGUGUGUGCGGGUCCGCGGUCGGAGUUGCCGGAGCGAUGCAGUGGGUCGGGGCUCUGGGGCUCGCGGUGUGCUGCCUGUCCGCGCUGCCGCGGGGGGCGCGGGGCUUCGGGGACGAGGACGAGAGGCGGUGCGACCCCAUCAAGAUCUCCAUGUGCCACAACCUGGGCUACAACGUGACCAAAAUGCCGAACCUGGUGGGGCACGAGCUGCAGACGGACGCGGAGCUGCAGUUGCAAACUUUUACGCCUUUGAUUCAAUAUGGCUGUUCCGGCCAACUGCAGUUUUUCUUGUGUUCGGUGUACGUCCCGAUGUGCACAGAGAAAAUCGACAUCCCCAUCGGCCCCUGUGGCAGCAUGUGCAUGUCUGUGAAGAGGAGAUGUGAACCUGUGCUGAAGGAAUUCGGCUUCGCUUGGCCAGAUGCAUUAAACUGCAGCAAGUUCCCACCACAGAACGACCACAAGCACAUGUGUAUGGAGGGGCCAGGGGACGAGGACACCCCCUUUCACACCAGCAAAACCUUCCUCCCCCCCGAGGAGGAAUGCCAGAGCAUGGGCGACAACUCUGACCACUACAUCUGGGUCAAGAGGAGUCUGGCUUGUGCCCUCAAGUGCGGUUACGAUGCAGGUUUGUACAGCAGAUCCGCUAAGGAGUUCACCGACAUCUGGAUGGCAGUGUGGGCCAGCCUGUGCUUCAUGUCCACAGCCUUCACAGUCCUGACCUUCCUGAUCGACACUUCCCGGUUCUCCUACCCCGAGCGCCCCAUCAUUUUCCUGAGCAUGUGCUACAAUAUUUACAGCAUCGCCUACAUUGUCAGGUUGACUGUGGGCAGGGAGCGCAUCUCGUGUGACUUCGAAGAUGCAGCCGAACCUGUGCUGAUUCAGGAAGGGCUAAAAAAUACUGGAUGUGCCAUCGUGUUCCUGCUGAUGUACUUCUUUGGGAUGGCGAGCUCCAUCUGGUGGGUGAUUCUGACCCUCACCUGGUUCUUGGCUGCUGGUCUCAAAUGGGGACAUGAAGCCAUAGAAAUGCAUAGUUCCUACUUUCACAUUGCAGCCUGGGCCAUCCCGGCGGUAAAGACUAUCGUUAUUCUCAUUAUGCGUUUGGUGGAUGCAGAUGAACUCACGGGCAUGUGCUACGUUGGGAACCAGAACAUCGAUGCAGUCACUGGAUUUGUGGUUGCACCUUUAUUUACAUAUUUAGUCAUAGGGACCUUGUUCAUUGCCGCUGGCCUUGUGGCUUUAUUCAAAAUCAGAUCCAACCUUCAAAAGGAUGGGACCAAAACUGACAAAUUGGAAAGACUGAUGGUAAAAAUUGGGGUCUUUUCCGUCCUGUACACGGUCCCGGCCACCUGUGUCAUUGCCUGUUAUUUUUACGAGAUCUCGAACUGGAAUAUGUUCAAGUAUUCAGCAGAUGACUCCAACAUGGCCGUGGAGAUGUUGAAGAUCUUUAUGUCCUUGCUUGUGGGCAUUACCUCGGGUAUGUGGAUAUGGUCUGCCAAAACAUUACACACUUGGCAAAAGUGUUCAAACAGGCUGGUGAGCUCUGGGCGGACUAAGCGAGAUAAGCGUGGAGAUGUCUGGGUCAAACCAGCAAAAGGCAGUGAAACAGUUGUGUAGCAUUCGAUAAAGACCAGGAGCGACCUCCAUUUUGUGAGUUCAAAUAGGCUGGAUUUCAAAGGAGCACAAAUUCAAUCUACACAUCUUAUUGUUAUACAGACAAUUUUUAGAAAAUUCUGAGUAAAUUAAGGCCCUCUAAGUGCCCUUGAGAAGUUCAGUUUGAUACUAUUUUGAAGGACAAAUGUUCAACAUCUAAUGAAAAUGUACCCCAGGCAAUGCCAUUCUGGUUUUCAGUUGAUCUCCAUCAGGUGUACCCGUUUUAUCAUAACAUUUAGCCUAAGAAAAUAAGCACAGCUACCAAGUGCAAAAGACUUAUUGGAAUAUGAUAUUUUUGUUCUGCACAUUUUUAAGCGUUCCUGUCUGUACUUAGAAAAUCUAAGCACAUAAACCAAAGAUUGGGAAGAAUGGUUCUUUGAAACUUUGGACCCUGCCACAAUGAUGAUCUAACAUAUUAUGUCCAAGUGGAUAAAUUUGCCUAAAAUAAUACUCAGCUGAAGAGCAGAACAGCUAUCACACAGCAACAUUAAUUAUUGUACACUGGAAGCAGAGAGGUAAAGAUGAAUGUUUGUUUGAAACAACAAAUUGUUUGGUUGUUCCAAACAAACAAACAUCAUAACAGUCUAGACACACAAGGUGCACUAUAACCAAUCUUUGCAUAAAUUAAAACACAACCUAAUUUACCAAUAUUUGCGCACAGAUGCCUGCCUGCUUUUGUGCUUAUGAACAAUUUAAGCAAAACAGCCUGAUGUAUGUGUGGAAAUCCUCAUCAGUGUGGGAUUAGGUGCUUUAAACAUUCAGUGCCUUAAAGGCAGAUUGACUGCAGUUUGUUUUCCAUUGAAGGCCACAUCAAUUAAUAUGUAUUAUGUUUUCUUGUGAAGGUCUGCCCAGAGAUACAUCAUGACAUGAAUUAUUCCUUUGAGGACGAUGAGUUAGCACUUUGGUUGCAAAAAAUAAAAUACUAUUUUGACAAUACUGUGAACCUAGCAAUCCAUACAGUCCUAUAUGUUCUCUGGUUUACAAUACUCAGUAUUCAAAGUUCACAGAAUAUCAAUCUAUUGGAUGGUAUACGUUAGUAACCGACUGUGCGUUUUGAAAGUGAGUAAGAAAAUUCAGUACUUGAGGGCUUAAUGGUAACAUUAUUUAUAUAAUAAAAUAUGGUGGAUCAGAGUAUGGAUUAUGAGGAGAUGAAAUAUAUACAUGUUGAGGGAUCUAGAGCCAUUUUCAUGCAUUAGAUAAAGAUUUUUUAAAAAGGUGCAAGCAAUACAAAUGAGAUGCAAGCAGUACAUGCCGUUAUUCUCCUUAAUUCUGUGGGCUGACCUCAAAGGUAAAUUUGGCUUGUUAAUUUUUGCAAACUAGCAAUAAUUGUUACAGUAAAUGAGCAAGUGAAACACUGCUUCAUUGUAAUUGUAUUUGCAAAAAUAGAAAGAAAAGACAAAUGUUAGGAAAAUGUUGUCAAUAGUAUAUGAGUUUAGUUACUUGUUAGUGCAUCUGUGCUUGUACAGUCACCCUCGUAAUCAUGAUGAAUGUAUACCAGGUAUUUUGUUACUCAAUAUCAGUUUGUAUUCCGUUAUUAUCUAUAGAAUGUUUGUUUUGGAAAUACUCAGUAACACUUCUUGAAUGAGAUAUUCCAUUAAAUCCUUUGACUUGCAACAGAGUAUUUCCAAAAAAUUGGGAAAUUCUCAUUAUAAGCAUGUGUCGCCAAGGUUGGUAAUUUUAUUGCUAGUGGAAAAUAACCACUGGUGUUUAGUAGAAAUGGAUUCUAUGUUGCUUUAGAGGGUAUUGAGAUUGCCUGAUGAAUCAUAAUAAGAGACUUUCAGGAUUACUACAAUUUUCAGAAAAAUGUCAAAAACACUUCUCACUUGCAAAUGUAUGUAAUAUAAAUUUCUAAUUUAUCUUUGUAAAAAAAACCUGUCUUGUUAUUUAAAUUACAUUUGUACCAGAAACAAAACAAAAUUAAAUUUCUUG